CAGAGACUGGGGCACGCGCGCCCGGCGGCCCGGCCUGAAGUCAUCCGCGCUGCCGCAGCCGCCGCCGCCCCCGUCGUCGUCACCACUCCCGGGUUAUGGAGGGGAAGAUGGAGCCGGUCACCGUCGCUACCGACAGCGGGGACCGGCCGGGGGCCCUGGCGGGCUCAGGCCUGUCCGCUUCCCAGCGUCGGGCCGAGCUGCGGCGGAGAAAGCUGCUCAUGAACUCAGAACAGCGCAUCAAUCGGAUCAUGGGUUUUCACAGGCCGGGGAGCAGCGCGGAAGAAGAAAGUCAAACAAAAUUAAAGCAGCAGGACAGUGAUAAACUGAACGCUCUCACCAUUCCUUCGGUUUCAAAGCGAGUAGUGCUGGGUGAUUCGGUCAGUACAGGAACAGCUGACCCACAGAGUGGUGUCACCGAGGUAAAGGGGACUCAGCUGGGAGACACAUUGGACUCUUUCAUGAAACCUCCUGAGUGCAGUAAUGAUGUAAGCCUUGAGCUCCGACAUCGGAACAGAGGGGACCUGACAGCAGACACUGCCCAGAGGGGUUCCCGGCAUGGCCUGGAACAGUACCUCUCCAGAUUUGAAGAAGCAAUGAAGCUAAGAAAACAGCUGAUUAGUGAAAAGCCCAAUCAAGAAGAUGGAAAUACAACAGAAGAAUUUGACUCUUUUCGAAUAUUUAGAUUGGUGGGAUGUGCUCUUCUUGCCUUUGGAGUCAGAGCUUUUGUUUGCAAAUAUUUGUCCAUAUUUGCUCCAUUUCUUACUUUACAACUUGCAUACAUGGGACUAUACAAAUAUUUUCCCAAGAGUGAAAAGAAGAUAAAGACAACAGUACUAACAGCGGCACUUCUAUUAUCCGGAAUUCCUGCCGAAGUGAUAAAUCGAUCAAUGGAUACCUAUAGCAAAAUGGGCGAAGUUUUCACAGAUCUGUGUGUCUACUUUUUCACUUUUAUUUUUUGUCAUGAACUGCUUGAUUAUUGGGGCUCUGAAGUACCAUGAAGCCUUCAGAACUCAGAAGGAGAAGCACAUGAAUAAACAAUUUUUCUUCUAUAUUGCAGUGCCUCUAAAGGAGGCAUAUUGGUUACACCAUUAUGUAAUUCUUUUACUUUUGGGGAUUGUAAAACCACUUGAUUAAGAAUGGGAUGGUAGGGUCCCUGAUUGAAAAGAGUGGAGUUUGUAUUAAUACCGAUGUGAAGAUUAGAGUACCAGUGUCAGUAAUUGAUUUUUUUCUUGUUUAAUUAGAAUUCCUGGUGUUUGCUUUUCCCUAAUUGUAAUUCCUCUUUUCUGAGCUGAGCUAGUACUUUAAGGAGAGCAGAUGAAUGUGUUUCAGCCAGUCCUAAGGACUGCAUUAUUGUUCUGUCCUGAGAAAUGGAGCUAUCUUAAAAUGAAAGAAAAAUAAAUAAAAUGAAGGAACUGAA